AUGUCGAUGGCAACUUUCAGUGGAAAACGGUACUUCGUGACAUUCAUUGAUGACAAGUCAAGAUACUGUGUCGUCUAUCUGCUCAAGAGCAAAUCUGAAGUUGCGGCGAAGUUCAUGGAAUACGCUGCGAUGGCCGAAACGCAAACCGGAAAGCGCGUGAAGUACCUUCAAAGCGACAAUGGGGGUGAAUACAAGUCCGACAAGCUGGCACGAUUCUGCGCGGAACGGGGAAUACAACAAAGGUUCACACCCCCAUAUACUCCUCAGCUAAACGGAGUAGCUGAGAGAAUGAAUCGCACGCUGGUCGAGUGUGCGCGUUGCAUGAUGGAACACGCUGGACUGGGAAAGAGCUACUGGGGUGAAGCAGUGAUGACGGCGAUGUUUCUUCGAAACCGCUGUCCAACACGUGCCAUUCACCAAGACAAGUCUCCAUAUCAAGUGUGGACGAUGAAGAAACCGAUUCUGGCCAACCUUAAAGUGUUUGGAUGCCACGCGUAUGUUCAAGUGCCUCAAGACAAACGCGCGAAGUUCGACUCCAAGUCAUCACUCUGUCGUUUCCUGGGAUACGCCGAACACCAGAAGUCAUAUCGAUUUGAGGAAGUGUCAACAGGAGCGAUCAAGAUCAGUCGCGAUGCCACAUUCAUGGAAGACAAGUUUGAUGAAGGUCCGCGCAACUACAACGAUGAGUCAAGUGUCGUUGAGUUUUGUGAUCAUGAUGAGGACGAAGAAAAAGAAGAAGGUAAAACUGACGACGAAAUGGACUCGAGCGACGAUGACAACGAAGACACCAGGUCUUCGAAGAGCAACAUCAAGAGACACACGCGCACUCAAUCACUUGAGAAAGCUACCGUCAUUCCAAGUCCCAAGCGAAGAACAUACAGAGGUCCGUCGCUUGAGCAUGUGUCAGCGGCUGCAAUGGAUUUUGAAGCAGCCUACAUCGUUGAUUCAGUGGGGAAACGCCGACUACAUUCAAGUCGGCGAUGGAAUCAAGCGACUCCGGCAAGUGGAAAGAAGCGUGUGACUCGGAGUUCGAUUCGCUUCAGAGAAACGACACGUGGGAAAUCGUGCCUCUUCCGAAAGGUCGCAAGGCCAUCGGGUGCCGAUGGGUUUUUCGUGUAA